UGAAAGUCUGAACGGAUGGAAGCCAUCAAACAACCAUUUCAGGUUCAGCCGGUGGAUUUUGUACGAUUGCUUCCUGCUGCAGCAAAUGCUCAUCCAUCAUCAAUUCCAACACAACUUCUAUAAAUAAGGAAAACUGAUACCCAACGACGGUAGAGAAGGCCAGGCCACCUAUAAUUUCUGUAAAUCCGAAACCCUAACACGCAGAGAGAGAGAGAGAGAGCAGGAUGGGGAUGGAAAACACCCGAGUUGAGAUUUCGGAGCCGUUGCUCCUGGAACCACAGAAGGUGACGGUAGGUGAAUCGGAGGCUUCCAAGGAGAUGCCAAUACCGCCAUGGAAAGAUCAGAUCACGAUCAGAGGGCUGGUAGUAAGCAUGUUCCUAGGGACUCUGUUCUGUAUCAUCACGCAUAAACUCAACCUAACAGUUGGUAUAAUACCUUCCCUCAAUGUCGCUGCUGGGUUGCUCGGUUUCUUCUUUGUCAAGUCCUGGACCGGUUUUCUCUCCAAAUUAGGGUUCUCCAUUGCUCCCUUUACUCGACAGGAGAAUACUGUUAUUCAGACUUGCGUCGUUGCUUGCUAUGGCCUGGCGUUUAGCGGGGGCUUUGGGUCAUACAUGCUUGCCAUGGAUGAGAGGACAUACAAACUUAUAGGUGUUGAUUACCCGGGAAAUCGGGCAGAAGAUAUUAAAAAUCCAGCCUUGAGUUGGAUGAUCGGGUUCAUGUUUGUUGUUAGUUUUCUUGGAUUAUUCAGUCUUGUUCCACUUCGUAAGGUAAUGGUCAUGGAUUAUAAGCUUACAUAUCCUAGUGGGACAGCAACGGCCAUGCUGAUAAAUAGUUUUCACACAACUAAAGGAGCUGAGCUUGCUGGGAAACAGGUACACUGCCUUGGGAAGUAUCUAAGUAUAAGCCUGUGUUGGGGUUGCUUUAAGUGGUUCUUUAGUGGUAUUGGUGAUUCAUGUGGUUUUGAUAAUUUCCCCAGCCUUGGCCUGGAAGCAUUCAAAAACACGUUUUAUUUUGACUUCAGCCCAACUUAUGUUGGAUGUGGUCUUAUCUGUCCCCACAUAGUCAACUGCUCAGUUCUUCUUGGGGCCAUUAUAUCAUGGGGUUUCCUUUGGCCCUUCAUUGCUAAACAUGCCGGAGACUGGUACCCAGCUGGACUUGGUAACAAUGACUUCAAAGGACUCUAUGGAUAUAAGGUCUUCAUUGCUAUAUCUCUUAUCCUUGGAGAUGGUUUAUAUAAUUUAAUCAAGAUAAUUGCAGUAACUGUAAAGGAAAUGUGCCACAAGGGCCCCAAAAAAAACCUUCCUGUUAUCAGUGAGUUUCAAGAUGAUGAGGGCUCCAAGUUGGUUUUGGAACAAAGGAAAAAAGAUGAGAUAUUCUUGCAGGACAGGAUACCAUCCUGGCUUGCAGCUUCUGGAUACAUAGUUUUGGCAGCAAUAUCAACAGCAACAAUUCCUGUCAUCUUUCCACCGCUAAAAUGGUAUCUGGUUCUCAGCUCAUAUAUUAUCGCCCCUGCUCUUGCCUUCUGCAACUCGUAUGGCACUGGUCUCACAGACUGGAGCCUGGCCUCAACGUAUGGAAAGAUUGGCCUUUUCUUCUUUGCUUCAUUGGUGGGAACAAAGGGUGGGGUCAUAGCUGGGUUAGCCGCCUGUGGUGUGAUGAUGUCCAUUGUCUCGACUGCUGCUGAUCUCAUGCAAGACUUCAAGACCGGUUACCUCACUCUCUCAUCAGCGAAGUCCAUGUUUCUAAGCCAAUUAAUAGGGACAGCCAUGGGGUGUGUCAUUGCACCUCUCACGUUUUGGAUGUUUUGGAGUGCUUUUGAUAUUGGAUCCCCUGAUGGUCCCUACAAAGCUCCAUAUGCAGUAAUAUUCAGGGAAAUGGCUAUUCUAGGAGUUGAAGGCUUCUCUGAACUGCCCAAGCAUUGCCUAGCAAUAUGUUGUGGGUUCUUUGUGGCAGCUCUGGUUAUAAACCUUUUGAGGGAUGUCACUCCAAAGAAGGUCUCACAAUUCAUCCCUGUACCAAUGGCAAUGGCAAUCCCAUUCUAUAUUGGGGCCUACUUUGCAAUAGACAUGUUUGUUGGGACCGUGAUUCUGUACAUAUGGGAAAGGAUAAAUAAAAAGGAUGCAGAUGACUUUGCAGGAGCGGUUGCUUCAGGUCUGAUAUGUGGUGAUGGGAUUUGGACAAUACCAUCAGCAAUCUUCUCAAUUUUCAGAAUCGACCCACCUAUCUGCAUGUAUUUUGGGCCUUCUUUGAGUAGCUAGCUGAACAUUGCUUCUGUCAGUUGCACCCGAGCUGUUGCUAUUCCGAAGCCGGACUAGCAUUAAUAAUUUGUAACUUCUGUAAAUAGUUAUUUUUAUAUCAUGAUGGUGAUAGCUUCUGCCUUCUGUAUGCUUCAUUUACUAGGGUUUCCAUCAAUGUCCAUUCUUGCACUGUUGUACAUGGUUAUUUAUUAUUGGUAUUCUGUAUAUGUAUUCUCUCCGAGCAUGAGUUGCGUUCAAGGUUUUAAAUCUGCAUACAUCUGUGAAAACUUGAA